AAUACAUGCUGUCGGGCCGGGGGUAGAAAUCUGCGACUGAGCUCAGUUUAUAAAUGCUUGAGAAUAUUUAGAUUGAUACAAUACUCAGUGUAGAUACAUACAUUUACUCCAUUGAUGUUCAUACUUUCCAGAUUUGUUCAUAAAAAAAAAAUUAAAAAGUAAAUUCUAUUCUAUAUUGUUCUUGAAUGCAAAAGUCGAGUAUAAUGUUAAAACAAUUUAUUCCAUUUCAAAGUAUUAAAUAUUUCAUAUCAUGUGAUAAAAUCAGAAAUCCACGCAACACUGAACGAAAUUUUGAUUUCAGAAAAAAGAAAGAAAAGAAAACCCCAACAGUCAUAACGUACGACUUAACUAAUUCUACUUCCUUUUUCUCUACUGACGGUAACCAAAAUGGGUUAUCGAGGACGCAAGAAGGUUUUGAAGCGCUUGACUGCGCCAAAGUCAUGGAUGCUGGACAAACUGGGAGGUGUCUUUGCUCCACGACCCAGCACUGGACCCCACAAGCUCCGUGAGUCGCUCCCCCUCAUUGUGUUCCUGAGGAACCGUCUUAAGUAUGCUCUGACAUAUGAUGAGGUCAAAAAGAUCACAAUGCAGAGACUGAUCAAAGUUGAUGGCCAAGUGAGAACUGCCAAGGACUACCCUACAGGAUUUAUGGAUGUUAUUUCCAUCGAGAGGACGAAUGAGAACUUCCGUCUUCUGUAUGAUGUCAAGGGACGCUUCACAGUGCACCGUAUUCAGAAAGAAGAGGCCAAGUACAAGCUCUGUCGUGUCCGCCGUGUUGGAGUAGCCGCCAAGGGUGUCCACUACAUCACCACGCAUGAUGGACGUACCAUCCGCUAUCCUGACCCCCUCAUCAAGGUCAACGAUACCAUUAUGCUUGACAUUGCCUCUGGAAAAAUCAAGGAUUUUAUCAAGUUUGACUCUGGAAACCUGUGUAUGGUGACUGGAGGUCACAACUUGGGGAGAGUAGGGGUGAUUCAGCACCGAGAGAGACAUCCAGGAUCCUUCGACAUUGUUCACAUUAAGGACUCCCAGGGACACACCUAUGCCACAAGGUUGAGUUACGUGUUUGUGAUUGGGAAAGGAAAUAAGCCAUGGAUUUCACUUCCAAAAGGAAAAGGUGUCAAACUGUCUAUUGCAGAGGAAAGAGACCGACGUCUCGCUGCAAAAUCUUCAUAAAUUAUGGACAGAAACAAAAAAUAAAAGAAAUAACCGUC